AUGGCGUCUAACGAUUCGGUAAUGAAUGGCCCUGGGUUGGAGCUUCUAGCAUCGUUAGAGCAGCAGUUUGUUGAGAGCAAGACACUUCACCUGAAGGGAAAGGCACGAGUGCGCCUGUCGCAGCUGUCGUUUCCAAACCCAAUUCGCCCUAUCGACCCUAAUCUUGUUAAGGUUCUCAAGCGCACUUUUAAGAGUGAAGGAUGCCUACAGCAAGAUAGUACCUUUAGCCUCCCAGCUAUAAUAGACGAUAAUUCCCUCACGCUGGCUCUAGAAGGGCUAGGUGUUGGUGCAGACCGUUUUAAAGCCGACUCAAUACUUUCUCCAGCAAAAUUCGAGCUCCCACACAAUAUACAACUGGCAUGCCUCCACGGACUCGACGACAAAGCACAACAGUUGCUCAGAGAAGGUCGCACUUAUUCGACUAAUUAUACCGAUGGAGAGAUAUUCUGUCAAAUUAUCCUCUGCCGAUUCCAGAAUAAACGAGAAGAAGCAGCUCGAUGGCGUGCCCGAAUUACUGCCAACAAAGAAGGAGACCUUGGCAGAUUGCUUAAGCGUUGGACCAUCAUCAACGCACUUGAGUCUAUUAUACAGUUUAGAGGGUACUGGAAUGCCUUCCAUCUUGGGUCUUUGGAUAUACUGCUGUCAAUCAAAUGCGACGAGGAAAUAGCCUGUUAUAUCAAGCAGAUAAAGGAUACAAUAACUCACAUAAUAGGGGAUAAUUCGCUCAUACAUGGCGUUGAUCGUGCCUCUUUAGAUAGCAUUCAGCUGCGAGCUCCCGCUAUAUCUAAAAUGGACUCCCAAUACAUCGAGGCGGAAAUGUUGUCAGAUAGAUUGUUUCCAGCAAUCAAGGACCCAGCCACCCGAUCUGGAAUUUUACAACGGUUACUUGGAAUUGAACAGCCAAUACUGAGUAUAUAUACGUUAUUCAAAGACCUCAGGUACCUUGACCCAGCUGCCAGAGCAAUGCGGGCUCUCUUGCCGAAACGUAGUAAAGAGAGUCUCCGCGUAAGCUUUUUCUCACUCUUCCGACCGGAUGGUAAUAGAGAGCCUCUUGACAUCCAAGAUAGUGAAAUAUCAUAUACGACGGUGUCUGGAGAUCACAACUAUCUGUUUGGCCUUGCAUAUCGUGAACUCUUCCUAGGGGCCAUACGCUACUUUACCAACACCUCAAAUGUUUCGUCUAAAAAGGAUAUGAACCCAAUUGAGCAGAACGUGGAUGGUACAAAGCGGUAUCUAGGGUUUAGGCUAUUAGAAUUUGGCCAGCGCAUAGGAUUCUCUAUUCAGACGGAUCAAGAUGCAUUGAUAGAUCCUAGUGAGAGGCUUCUUGCAGAUAUGUUACGCAGCCUACCAAGGGAGAUCUUUAACGUUAACGAACCUAUACCAGAUGCACUCUCGGCUCUCUUCAAAGGAUACCUUUCAAAUUCAACUCUAGCUGCUAGUGCUGUAUCGAGGCCUUCUAUCACUACGCUCAAGAUAGGCGAACCUCUAUCUCACAGAUGUGGACGUUACUGCGGUGGAUCGCCAGAUGAUGAAGACCGUCUCCAUCUCUUCAUUCGUAAGAUGCACGCACCUUUGAGUAAAUUCCCAAGAGGUGGACAUGACAUUAGUUCGUUUUAUGUUAAAACAUCAAAAUACCAGGCUUUUUUUGGGGAAGCUGUUAUUCGAGAAAUCUUAAAGCCAGUAGUGCCGGGCGGCACAGGGGAAGGGAUUUCCGAAACAUCUAUUCCUAGUGCUGCCGAUGACACAGUAAUGACGGAUGGGAGAAUUUUCACGAACCUUUUGCCGCAAGGCGGAAUACAACAGAGCCGUGAAGUGAAUACCGACUUUACAUCACAGCCCAAUCCCACUGGAUUCACUCACGGCAACACUCACGGCAACACUGACGGCGAAACACCGAAGAGCUCUGGAUUAAAUGUUGAGUUUGUAACUGAGAGCGACCUCGUCCACUCAAUGUCGAUAUUCACUCGUUCUAGAGUGGAGGCAAGAGCUAAGACAUACGCAAAAGCCGGGCUCUCUCUUAUGGAUGAGCGGGGCAGACCUUGUGGGUAA